CGGAGAGGCUUUGGCGGCAGCGUGAAAGUGAAGGUAUAUAAAACGUGGCUGUGGAAGUCUGGGACAUCACAGUCCUUCCAUCUCCCUCACUGGAGUCACAGCAAUGGCACGCCUUCAGGUCCUCCUCGCCUUCGCCCUUCUAGCAACCACAUGGGCUGCGCCGCAGUUCGGAGUUGACGACCAGCCGCCAACCCCAUACGAAUUCGAGUACGGGGUGAACGUGCAAGAAACGGGCGACGUCAAGGAACACAAGGAGUCGGUCUCCCCAACAGGCCGCACAGAGGGAGAGUACAGAUGGCUCCAGCCUAACGGCCUCUUCAUGGUCGUCAGAUACUACGUCGACGGCGACUCCGGCUUCGUGGCGGAAGUCAGCGAAGAACCAGGCAGCUCCGUCGAAGCCAGGUACCGCAACUCCCUCAGCCAGGAGGCUGCCGACACCGUCAGCAUCGCCUCCUCCAGCAGUGCCCAGAGCUUCGCCAAGAGCAUCGACGUCGUGCCCACAGCCAACCUCGGGGCAGCCGUGAACGUCAUCAGCGCCCCUCAGCCCAGUCGCAACCGCCAGUCCACUUUCAGGCCCAGACCGGUUCAGACAAUCCAGACGGUUAGGCCUAUUCAGACAUUCCAGCCCGUCCAGCAGCAGCAGCAGAACUUCGUCAGCAGCAGCGGCGACUUCAACCAACAGCAGCAGCAGCAGCAGAGCUUCACCAGCGGAGGCUUCAUCGACGGCGGUAUCAUCGACGGAGGUAUUAUCGACGGUGGUAUUAUAGACGGUGGUAUAAUCGACGGUGGUAUCAUCAACGCAGGUUUCCAAGGAUGAGCGAAACGUUGGGCAGCCCCAAGAUGUCAAUAUUGACUCCUGAACGAAUCCAGUUUUUAUUUUAUUUUUCUGAUCUCUCCGCCUCCUUUGACCUUCACCUUCACUUAGUCGAAUGCAGUGGAAGAAGUUCUUUUAUUGAGAAAAAAUAAAAAGAAACCUUCAUAAAAAAAGAGACUAUAUAUGUUGUUGACACAAUGUGAUGUAAAUAGUAAACUUAUCUCUUAAACAGAAGACAUUCUUAAACAGAUACAUUAUUAUUUUGGCAAAUCUGAUGUGAUUGAUGUCAGUUCGCCAUCUAAACAUACUAACUAAGACCUAACACACUUAAUAUAAAACAUAGUGCCAAUGUUGCUUCAAUAUCAGGGCUUGUUUCACUGUAGCAAACAGAGAGAUAUUUAGUUUUUUUUUACCAUUUAUACAUAUUGUGUAUGUUCUUAUUUGUUCGUGUUGCGUCGAAUAAACUUAUUCCUGUAAAUAUA